UGCUGUCAGUGUACCAGAAACCCAAGUUUUGAAGCUCUAUCAAUAGGAAAGUAUGGCAAACAGUGCCUCUCCUGAACAGAAUCAAAAUCACUGCUCAGCCACCAACAAUAGCAUCCUGCUGAUACAAGGCAACCUCCCCACCCUGACCUUAUCCGGAAAGAUCCGAGUAACAGUUACUUUCUUACUUUUGCUACUUUCCACAGCCUUUAAUGCUUCUUUCCUGUUGAAACUUCAGAAGUGGACUCAAAAGAAAUUGAAAGGGAAAAAGCUUUCAAGAAUGAAGGUCCUUUUAAAACAUCUGACCUUAGCCAACCUGCUGGAGACUCUGAUUGUCAUGCCACUGGAUGGAACGUGGAACAUAACAGUCCAAUGGUACGCUGGAGAGUUCCUCUGCAAAGUCCUCAGCUAUCUGAAACUUUUCUCCAUGUAUGCCCCAGCCUUUAUGAUGGCAGUAAUCAGCCUGGAUCGCUCCCUAGCCAUCACGAAGCCCAUAGCUAUGAAAAACUACAGUAAAUUCAGACAAUCCAUGAUCAGCCUGGCCUGGAUCCUCAGUAGUGUUUUUGCCGGACCACAGUUAUAUAUCUUCAGAAUGAUCCACGUAGCAGACAGCUCUGGACAGACCGAUGUUUUCUCUCAAUGUGUAACACACUGCAGUUUUCCACAAUGGUGGCAUCAAGCCUUUUAUAAUUUUUUCACCUUCAGCUGUCUCUUCAUCAUCCCUCUUCUUAUCAUGUUGAUCUGCAAUGCAAAAAUCAUCUUCACCCUGACACGGGUACUUCAUCAGGAUCCUCACAAACUGCAACUGAAUCAAUCCAAGAACAAUAUACCAAGAGCACGGCUGAGGACCCUAAAGAUGACGGUUGUGUUUGCCAUUUCAUUUACUGUCUGCUGGACUCCCUACUAUGUCCUAGGAAUUUGGUACUGGUUUGAUCCUGAAAUGUUAAACAGAGUGUCUGACCCAGUAAAUCACUUUUUCUUUCUCUUUGCUUUUUUAAAUCCAUGCUUUGAUCCACUUAUAUAUGGAUAUUUCUCUCUGUAAUUGAUAGCCCACACAAGAAAUUAUUUAAUGAAAUAGCAAAGUAAUGAAUUUCCCCAACCAGGAAAGAUAAACUCAAAGGAUAAACCAGGUUUACCUGCAAACAAAGCAGGCUCUAAGGCUAAUUUAUCAUCCUU